AUGGACUUCCAAAACGUGAACCCCUUGAACGCCCAACUGAACAAGCUCUCGGGCAAUCUGCUGCCGAUGACAGGCGACGAUCCGCUGUUUCCCAUAGCGUGGAGGGUAUACAGCACUGUCGUGUGGCUGAUGGAGGUGGUGCAAGUCAGUGCGAUCAUUCCGGCGCUCAUGUACGUGUCGAGGGAGAAAAUCUUGCAGGAUGCGACGGUCGGAGUCGUCAUCAGCGUAGAGGCUUUCUUUUUGUUCGCGCGAAUGCAUGCACACAGGGAUCUCGUGAGCAGACUGAUUCGGAAGCUGAACGACUUCCUGAGCGAGCGAGACGAUGUCAUGGAGAGCAUCGUGAGGUCGACUCUGAAGCCGGUGCAGACUCCGUUGAAGUUUUACUGGAUAGCCGGGUCUGUAUCCGUAUUUGUGUGGUGCUGCAUGUCGUUCGUGCCUGUCUUGGGAAGGCGGCACUUCUUCUACGAAGAUUACAGAGUGCCGGUGGCCUUCUCGAGGCAACCCUUUUCAUUGGACGUCUUCCUAGUGGGAAACUUGAUCGUGACUGUUUCCAGCAUAUAUAUAUUUACAAGAAAAGUAGCCAUGGACGUGUACAUGAUAAAUCUCAUACUCCUAGUGACGGCGCAGUAUCGCUACGUGUCGACGAGACUCACGGCAUUAUUUCGGGAAAGUAGCUCGCAGAAUCAACGGGUGAAGUCUCCAAAAGGAUAUUCAGACGCGAAUUCGUGGGCGGAGACAGAAAUGAAAGACUUGUGUCGAAUUCACAACACUAUAAUUCACAUAACGCCGAUAUUAAAGAAAUUACUAUCUGUGAAUUUUAGUUUGAUAUAUUUGAACAACGUUUUCCGAUUCUGCUUUAAUGGUAUUAUGCUGAUAAUUGCGAUAUCAUCAGCUCCAGUGGAAGCACUAAUGAUUUUUAUGUACAUGUCCGGCGGACUGGUGCAGCUCUACAUUUUAUGCUUAUGCGCGCAUCAAUUAUUAGAAGCGAGUAUGCAAGUGACGGACACGGCGUUUCACGAAAAAUGGUAUCAUUUUGGAUCAUCCUUGAAACGUAUGUUCUUAAUGAUAAUAGCAGCAAAUAAUUUAGAGUGCAAACUUGCGGCAUUCGACAAAUUUAAUCUCUCUCUUCCUUCGUUUAUGACGGUAAGACUGAAUCAUUAA